AUGGUCAUGGCUAACGACGGUAGCGCUGCCGAAGUAAAGCGUUUGAACCAGGAAUUGGAGGAACGUCACUAUGAGUUCCGAUCCAAUUGCAACGAUGGAGAUGGUGAUGCGAGUGCGUGUCACAGUUGGGGUGAGUGGCUGGCGGUCGUAGACAAGAAUUACAGAGACGCAGCUAAAAUGUAUGAGCUCAAUUGCAUUAAGAAAGAAUAUCCAGCUUCGUGUUUUAACCUUGGACGACUGAAGCUUGCUGGGAAAGGAGUGGAGCAAAACGAUUUUGAAGCUUUCAAGCUUUUUGAUAAAUCGUGUGGGAAGGGCCAUGCUGCUGGUUGUCACCAUGUGGGUUUGAUGCAAACGCAAGGAGUUGGCUGCGAAAAGGACUUGGCUAAGGCUCUUAUUGCUUUCAAGAAAGCUUGCGAGCAUGACGAUGCUAACAGCUGCAACCGCGUAGCGAACAUGUAUCUAUCCUCUAGAGUGAACAGUCCUAUUAAGCGCAAUACUUUGCAGGCGAAGACUUACUUAGAAAAGGCCUGCGACGCCAACUUUGCCCCUGCAUGCCAUAAUUUGGCUGUGAUGUACAAGAAGGGUGAUGAAGGUAUACCGGAGGACGAGGACAAGUACCACGAGUAUCGUGCUAAGACGGAAAAGCUCAUUGAGCAGGCAGGUGGCAUAUCUUCGAUCAAGUCGGCCUAA